GAAGCCUUCAGAUACCGGUAGCGCCUGCUGUUUGAUCUCAACUUUUUUAAACCUUUCUUAUUGCUCCUUGUGAAAACUAUGGCUCACCCAGAGGACGAUUUUGAUCGUAAUCCAGAGAAGAACAGCAAAGCUGUGCACACACAGGAGAGUGGUUAUGAGGGCCUGUCCUCCAACAUGAAGCAUAAAUGCUAUGAUGAUGCUGAGAAGAAUCCUCAACCUGUUGACAAGGACAGCUUUGUGAGGCCCAUCCACAAAGAAGAGGGCUGCACUGCCAAACUGGCAGUGGAACUUCCUGUUUUAGCUCAUGUGGUGAGACAUGAUGAGGAGGGGCUAUUAAAAAAACCAGUUAGACCCACCUUCACACAAGUGCAGAAGAGCAAGACGGACAUCACAGCAGUCAUUGCAGAUAAGGAGAUGGUGAAAGGAAGCAGACUCUCUGUGGCCAUGAAGGUCAAUGGAAGUGCUGGCAGGCUGCACAUGAAGAGAGGAAAACGCAAAGAAUGGAAAUUGUUCCUCCAGUUUUGCCUGUUUGUACAUCUGUUACAAGUCAACAGGAUGUUUGCUGCUGGUUUGCCACUGCCGAUUUCUGACCCUGGACUGAGUGAGCAGAAAAACAAUACUGGAGGAUGGAAGUGCGUCAUCUGCAAUGACAUGGCACGAUGCCCAAACCUGACGAAAAUCUUUGAUCAGGACGACAAGAAGAUAUUUAAGAGAGCUGAAACCACCCAACUUCCACUGUGCACCGACAGCCCUGAGCUUCAUCUCAACAUAUGUAGCGUGUGCCGUUAUCAAGGAAUCACCCACAUCUACUGCCCUGACAACAUCAAAAAACUCGAAGCUGAGGAUGACCAGAGCCACAUUUUGGGACCCAUCAGCAACAUCACUGAAGGAUGUCAGCCAUUGCCGACUUCUAACUCUGGACUGAAUGAGCAGAAACACAGUGCUGUUGGAUCUGGCCGUCAGCGGCAUGGAAUUAUUUUGGCCUUCACUAUCCUGGCUCUUUGCUGUGCUGGAUUCUACUGCUGGAAGAAGAGAGGACAACUGGCAUGUCCAGCGAGUGCCCCGCAAUCCGGUGUCCUGUGACUCUGAAAAAGGACGGAGCGGCUUGGAAAAUGGAUGGAUUCUCGUCUCCCUAUUGUCUUAAGUCAUGGUGGACCACUGUGACCAGUGCAGAAUGGAAACAGCUCCUGCUCUUUAUGGUCUCCAGUUAUGAGUGCAGAAAAAAAACACAAGUAUAUUCUAGCACAUCUCUGUCUGAUUUAGCUUUAGUUUUAGUUUUGGGUUUUUGAAUGUUUGCUUUGCUUUUUGUUUCCAAACACAUGAAGACAGAGUAGCUUCUAUUAGCACAAGUUAGUGGUUUGAGUAGUUUAUAAUAGAGAUGUCCCGAUCACACUUUAAGAUGAUACUUCACAUUUGAGUAUCAGCCAGUCCCAAUACUUUUCCAAUCCCAUACUACUGUAGAAUAGAUUAUAGAAAAUCUACAUUAAAAUUUCCGUUAGUCUGCAUCGAGCUUUAUUUUGAAAAACAUAUCACUUCCAUCAGUGCUUCUUUGCCAUCAGUGCUUCUGUUACAGUUUGUUCCCUCAUGAAGGCCUUUUCAUAUAGCGUCCUGCAGGUCUGUGGAACAAUUAUGGUGCUUAAAAUCGGUCUGUGGUGCAAAAAUGGUUCAGGAUCACUGCUCUAUAAUGCCUUGAGACAAAAAUCUGGGACCACAUUUGGGCGGAACUGACCACAAAUGGUUACUGCAACCCUAUUGCAAAUCCAGAUAACCAACGCACCGGAUAAGGGAGGUCCAGAUAAUAUUUCCAGACUGCUGACAUGUUAGCCCAGACAGAUCUGGCACCUACAACAACGUGGUUGUUAUUAAUUUGUUUCCGGUAGGUGACAAAUGUCAAAGAAAUCUGUGAGGUUAUCAUCUGAAUUUGCCAAUACGUAAUCAAUUAAAAAUUGUUAAUAUCGGCCCGACUCGAUGCUCACUGAUCUGACUAGAACAUCUCUAGUCUGUAAUUGUCAUGGAAUUUUAAUAAAGAUUAGUAUUUGUUAUUCUUUUAUGAGUUUUGUCUUGAUAAAUUGUACAGCCAUUGCAAUUAUGAAAACUUUUGUAGCCUUUUUUACUUUCACGGCCAUGUUGAAUCACUUUUUUAAUGAUUUUAACAAGUCCUGAAAAUUAGUUGACAGUGUUCAAGUUGAUCAGCUAUUUGCUAUUUUUUUCAGUCACUUGUUUUUCUUUGAUUAUCAACUGGUUAUAUAUCUUCAGCUCUAAAUGAAAUCUACCUAUCUGCAAUGAUAGUUAUUAUCCCAGAACCAUCUGAGAAAUUGGCACAGUUCAACACUUUUGGAAUACGAGUUUUGACGCAAGGGAUGCACCGAUAACGGUAUUGGGUAUCGGGUCUGACAGUACACAGAGUGCUCAUACUUGGAAGAAAAUCACUGAUACCACCUGGCAAAUACUAUAAUUGCACGCAAGUACGCAAGAGAACAUGAGUGAUAUCAACAGUUUGGAGAGUCUUUAAUAUUCAUUAAUGAACAACAAACCUAAGUCAGACUGCAAACUAUGAUCUGCCAAAAUAUCAUGGGAAGACGCAAAAGAUUGUAUAACACCAGUAACUUCAUCAGCAGCAGAAUUAUUACCAGCAGAUUAGCCUGAUGUCACUUAUAAGUUUAACUGCUCAGCCCACAGUAGUGAGACGCGCUUCAUGUACAUGCUAGUAGUUUUGGGGCUCACAAAUUGGUGAUGCUACAUGCUACACGUGAUUAAAGUGCGACUGAAACACUCAUUAACAGCAAAGUGUGUGUGCAUGGUUCACAGGAAGCUCAGUUCCUCGGUUUGCAGUACGUAAAAGGCAGUGCAUAGAUAGAUGCUACUCACUGUAAUAUACAAUCUGUAGACUGUAAGGCUGUUGGAGAUGUGUAAAGCGUCGACGGAAGCUGUGAAGAGGUAGAACACUGUAACACACACACACACACACGCACAUAUAGCAAAUUAUUUUCAUCAAUUCUAUCAUUUUCAACAAAUGCUCAUCCUGCAGAGGGGACGUUUUGACAUCCGGACAGACCAAUGGAUGGACGGACAGACAGACAUGGUGAAAGCAGUACAUCCUCACAGACACUCCGUGUGUUGUAACAAGAAGAGGCACCAGGCAGGACCAUCACAUUCACAGUUUUUCUUCUCCACAACGGAUG